AUGUCUGCACCAGAAUCUCCCAGGCCAGCUCUUGACAAGGUCGACCGUGUUGGAUCAUUGAAGAAGAAGCUGAGGGAUUCCCUCACGAGGAUGAGUAGGCGAAGCAGUAGCAAGGUUAUGUCGGUUGAGAUUGAAGAUAUCCGUGAUGCCGAUGAUUUGAAAGCUGUUGAUGAAUUCCGUCAGGCUCUUGUGUUGGAUGAACUUCUUCCAGAGAAGCAUGAUGACUAUCAUAUGUUACUCAGAUUCCUGAGAGCAAGGAAAUUCGACAUUGAGAAAUCAAAGCAAAUGUGGUCCGAGAUGCUUCAAUGGAGGAAGGAAUUUGGUGCUGACACUAUUGUUCAGGAUUUUGAAUUUGAGGAGUUUGAGGAAGUGUUACAAUAUUAUCCUCAUGGACAUCAUGGAGUCGAUAAAGAUGGACGACCGAUUUACAUUGAGAGGUUGGGCCAAGUUGAUGCCACCAAGUUGAUGCAAGUCACAACCCUUGAUAGAUAUAUCAAAUACCAUGUCAAGGAAUUCGAAAGGACAUUUGAUCUCAAGUUUGCAGCUUGUUCCAUUGCUGCAAAGAAACACAUUGAUCAAAGCACCACCAUUUUGGAUGUGCAAGGAGUGGGGCUUAAGAACUUCAACAAACAAGCCAGGGAGCUUAUCACGCGCCUUCAGAAGAUCGAUGGUGACAAUUAUCCUGAAACCUUGAAUCGCAUGUUCAUCAUCAAUGCAGGUUCUGGAUUCAGAAUGUUGUGGAACACUGUUAAAUCCUUCCUUGACCCAAAGACCACAGCCAAAAUCCAUGUUCUUGGCAACAAGUACCAAAGCAAGUUGCUUGAAAUGAUUGAUGCAAGUGAAUUGCCAGAGUUUUUAGGAGGUACUUGUACCUGCGCUGAUCAAGGAGGCUGCAUGCGUUCUGAUAAGGGUCCAUGGAAGGAUCAAGAUAUUUAUAGGAUGGUUCAGAAUGGCGAGCACAAAUGCUCAAAGAAAUGUGAGGCACCUAUCGUAGAAGAGAAAACAAUUCCUGAGGAAAGCGCGGCUUCCAAAAUGGAGGCAGUUUUCACUGCACAGUUGUCCUCUGCACAAAUGUCUGUCUUUGCAACGGCCCCUUCUAUAAAAGCUUGCAAGUACGAGGAUUUUGUCCCUAUGGCUGAGAAAAAUGCUUGGAAAAAGGUGGAAGAAAAUAACACCUUAGCAGUAUCAAAAGUUGGAGUAGAAUCUUUCGUCAUGCCUGAUUCGUACAAGAUUCACGAAAAAGUGAACUCACAGAUUUUCACCGGCGUGAUGGCCUUUGUGAUGGGAAUCGUAACAAUGGUGAGGAUGACACGAACCAUGCCGAAGAAGCUCACUGAUGCGAACUUCUACUCCAAUUCUGUUUACUCUGGUGAUGACAAUAAAAACCAAGACUCUAGUGAUCAAAUGACUAACCCUACCAUAUCUGCUCAAGAGUUCAUGACUGUCAUGAAACGUAUGGCUGAGUUGGAAAAUAAAAUGGGUAACAUGAACCAAAAUGCUUCCAUGCCACCUGAGAAGGAGGAAAUGCUUAACGCUGCCAUAAGUCGCGCUGAUGCUCUAGAGCAAGAACUUAUGUCAACUAAGAAGGCUUUGGAGGACUCACUUUCCAAACAAGAGGAGCUUUCAGCUUACAUCGACAAAAAGAAAAAGAAGAAGAAGUUGUUUGCUUGGUCAUAA